AUGGUAUACCCUGAAACUUUCACCGCUCUCGGUGUCAUUGAUUUUGACGAUUAUCUCCAUCCUAAAGUCUUUGAAUACACCCCCCAGGAGUUCCGCGACUUUGACGUUGACAUCAAGAUCGAAGCUUGUGGUGUUUGUGGUUCCGACGUUCAUGCCGUGAGUGGUAACUGGGGGCGGCCAUAUGCACCCGUAGCAGUUGGCCACGAAAUCAUUGGCACCAUUAUCAAGAUCGGACCUAAAGCAAAAGCUUCGCUCAAGCUGGGAGAUCGGGUUGGCGUGGGCGCACAGUGCGACUGUGACCACACGUGCGGCGCAUGCAAGGCUGGUAUGGAAAACUACUGCGACAACUCGGUGGGCACAUACUUUGCGCAAACAAUCGAAUCAAAGCAAGGUACAAUUGGCGGCAAUGCGUCCCAUGUACGUGUUAACUCGUCCUUGGUUUUUAAGAUCCCAGAUAAUAUCGACACCCAACAUGCAGCACCAUUGCUGUGCGGUGGUAUCACUGGGUUUGCUCCGCUGUUACAAGCCGGUGUCAAGAAAGGAGACCGUGUAGGAGUAGUUGGUAUUGGAGGUAUUGGACACAUGACCAUUUUAUUUGCCAAAGCGCUUGGGUGCGAGGUUACUGCCAUUUCGCGAUCAAAGUCUAAGGAAGCAGAUGCUGAAAAGCUUGGGGCUGAUCAUUAUCUUGCAACCAACGAUGAGGAAGCUGUGGCUGCCCAUAAGCACUCGCUCGAUUUGAUUGUAAACACGGGCUCCAGUUUCUCAGAAUCAGCUGUGGAUCACCUGUUCCCAUUGCUCAAGGCCCGCGGCAAAUUUACAUUUAUUACUUUCCCGCCUUUAUCUGAGCGCUUAAACUUGCGUCCUGUAGACCUGCUUGUGCGCGGCAUUUCCGUGCAAGGCUCGCUGCUAGGGUCUGUGGAGGAGAUUGAGUAUAUGCUUGACUUUGCCAGCAAACAUAACAUCAAGCCUUGGGUUGAGACGCUAGAGAUGAAUGAGGAGAAUUUGAGCCAGGCCUGGCAGCGCAUGCAAAAGGGUGAUGUUCAUUACCGGUUUACCAUGAUUGGGUAUGAUAAGUUUUUCAAAGAUGCUUGA